AUGGUUUUAAACUCUGUGUAUCAAGGCUGGUCCAACACCAGAAAUCCCCUUGGGGGCAGCAGGGAACCAAGGGAGCUUUGUGGUCAUCAGGAAGAAAUUCCAUUCCUGAUGCAUGUUAACCGGGACAAGGCUCAUAAAUCAGUGAACUUUGUUUCAACUCUGCUUCAGAUCACAAUGUCUGAGCAACUGGAUUUACCAGUGAGACAGGCAGGGGUUAUCUACUUGAAAAAUAUGAUAACUCAGUAUUGGCCAGAUCGUGAAACUGUACCAGGAGAGAUUCCACCUUACUCCAUCCCAGAAGAAGACAGACACUGUAUUCGUGAAAAUAUCGUAGAAGCCAUUAUUCACUCUCCUGAGCUGAUUAGAGUACAACUUACUACUUGCAUUCACCACAUUAUCAAGCAUGAUUAUCCUAGUCGCUGGACUGCAGUUGUGGAGAAAAUAGGAUUUUACCUUCAGUCUGACAACAGUGCUUGUUGGCUUGGAAUUCUUCUUUGUCUUUACCAACUUGUGAAAAACUAUGAGUACAAGAAACCGGAGGAGCGGAGUCCUUUGAUAGCUGCAAUGCAACAUUUUCUACCAGUUUUGAAGGACAGUUUCAUUCAGCUCUUGAGUGAUCCAUCUGAUCAGUCUGUCCUCAUCCAGAAACAGAUCUUCAAAAUAUUUUAUGCCCUUGUCCAGUACACGUUACCUUUGGAGUUGAUAAAUCAGCAAAACCUGAAUGAGUGGAUAGAAAUCCUGAAGACUGUUGUCGAUAGGGAUGUACCAGCUGAAACCCUUCAAGUUGAUGAAGAUGAUAGACCUGAGUUGCCUUGGUGGAAAUGCAAGAAGUGGGCGUUGCAUAUCUUAGCUAGACUUUUUGAGAGGUAUGGAAGCCCUGGUAAUGUUUCCAAGGAGUACAAUGAGUUUGCUGAAGUGUUCCUGAAGGCAUUUGCUGUUGGUGUUCAGCAGAAAAAGAAGGAGUGAGUGUUGCUGAAGGUGUUGUAUCAAUACAAGGAGAAGCAGUACAUGGCUCCUAGAGUUCUGCAGCAAACUCUGAAUUACAUCAAUCAAGGAGUGUCACAUGCAGUCACCUGGAAGAACCUGAAACCUCAUAUACAAGGAAUUAUCCAAGAUGUUAUUUUUCCAUUGAUGUGCUAUACAGAUGCUGAUGAAGAGCUUUGGCAAGAAGAUCCAUAUGAAUAUAUUCGCAUGAAAUUUGAUGUAUUUGAAGACUUCAUUUCUCCAACAACUGCUGCUCAGACGUUACUGUUUACAUCAUGUAGUAAAAGGAAAGAGGUCCUGCAGAAGACAAUGGGCUUUUGUUACCAGAUCCUUACAGAGCCAAAUGCUGACCCUCGUAAGAAAGAUGGUGCUUUACAUAUGAUCGGUUCUUUGGCCGAAAUUCUCCUAAAAAAAAAGAUAUAUAAAGAUCAGAUGGAAUAUAUGUUGCAGAAUCAUGUGUUCCCUCUCUUCAGCAGCGAGCUGGGUUAUAUGAGAGCCCGGGCUUGCUGGGUUCUUCAUUAUUUUUGUGAAGUCAAAUUUAAGAGUGACCAGAAUCUCCAGACAGCCUUGGAGCUCACAAGACGGUGUCUGAUAGAUGAUAGGGAAAUGCCUGUGAAAGUGGAAGCUGCAAUAGCACUUCAGGUUCUGAUCAGUAAUCAAGAGAAAGCUAAAGAAUAUAUUACUCCAUUCAUUAGACCUGUAAUGCAGGCUUUACUGCAUAUUAUAAGGGAGACUGAAAAUGACGAUCUUACUAAUGUGAUUCAGAAGAUGAUCUGUGAAUAUAGUGAAGAAGUUACCCCAAUUGCAGUGGAAAUGACACAGCAUUUGGCAAUGACAUUUAACCAGGUAAUCCAGACUGGACCAGAUGAAGAGGGCAGUGAUGACAAAGCAGUGACAGCAAUGGGAAUCUUGAAUACUAUUGAUACACUUCUCAGUGUAGUUGAAGAUCACAAGGAAAUUACCCAGCAGCUGGAAGGGAUCUGUUUGCAAGUGAUUGGAACAGUUUUGCAGCAGCAUGUAUUAGAGUUCUAUGAGGAGAUCUUUUCCUUGGCUCAUAGUCUGACCUGUCAACAAGUUUCUGCACAAAUGUGGCAACUUCUUCCACUUGUCUUUGAAGUUUUCCAGCAGGAUGGCUUUGAUUAUUUUACUGACAUGAUGCCACUCUUGCAUAAUUAUGUUACUGUAGAUACAGACACACUUCUGUCAGACACAAAAUAUCUUGAAAUGAUCUACAGUAUGUGCAAGAAGGUCCUUACAGGAGUUGCUGGAGAAGAUGCUGAGUGUCAUGCAGCAAAGCUGUUAGAAGUAAUUAUUCUUCAGUGUAAAGGGCGUGGCAUUGAUCAGUGCAUACCCUUAUUUGUGGAAGCUGCGUUGGAGAGGUUGACCAGAGAAGUGAAAACAAGUGAACUGCGAACCAUGUGCCUCCAGGUUGCCAUAGCUGCUUUGUAUUACAAUCCUCAUUUACUAUUAAACACUUUGGAAAAUCUUCGUUUUCCCAAUAAUGUGGAGCCUGUCACCAAUCACUUCAUAACGCAGUGGCUUAAUGACGUGGACUGUUUCUUGGGACUUCACGAUAGAAAGAUGUGUGUGCUGGGCUUGUGUGCUCUUAUUGAUCUGGAGCAAAUACCACAGGUUUUAAAUCAAGUUGCUGGUCAGAUCCUGCCAGCUUUUAUCCUUUUAUUUAAUGGAUUGAAAAGAGCGUAUGCCUGUCAUGCAGAGCAUGAAAAUGACAGCGAUGAUGAUGAUGAAGCUGAAGAAGAUGAGGAAACAGAGGAAUUGGGGAGUGAUGAAGAUGACAUUGAUGAAGAUGGUCAAGAAUAUCUAGAAAUCCUAGCAAAGCAGGCAGGUGAAGAUGGAGAUGAUGAAGACUGGGAAGAAGAUGAUGCUGAAGAGACUGCUUUGGAAGGUUAUUCCACAAUUAUUGAUGAUGAAGACAACCCUAUUGAUGAAUAUCAGAUAUUUAAAACAAUUUUUCAGACAAUUCAGAACCGUAACCCUGUGUGGUACCAAGCUUUGACACAGGGUCUUAAUGAAGAACAACGAAAACAACUGCAGGACAUAGCGACUCUGGCAGAUCAGAGGCGGGCAGCACAUGAAUCCAAAAUGAUCGAAAAACAUGGAGGAUACAAAUUCAAUGCUCCAGUUGUGCCAACCUCAUUUAAUUUUGGAGGCCCUGCCCCAGGAAUGAAUUGAAUUAUCACUUUUCCUGCUACUGUGUGAUUGUAGUGAAGAGCUUGUGUUCCUCCCAAUAGUGGUUCCAGAACUGGUUCAUGUUAUCUACAGCUCACUCUAAAACUAAUUGAUACAUAGAUUGGACAAAAGCCCCAGAAGUGGAACCUGAUCAUGCAACCUAAUACUGGAAGGCAAACCAGAGGUUUUUUUUUUUUUUGAAGAUACAAAGAAUCUGAAUUUAAAGCUUCAAAUGACACACUUUGGAGAUCGGAAAUCAAGAGGGGAUGUCAUGAAGGCAGCUUUUUUUCUUUUUCUGAGGAAAAAAAUAGGCAUGGGCUGCAGGACUAUUCAAAAUGUCUCAUUUACAGGACACGCUAGAAGGCAGACUUAAUUUUUACACCUGUGGCAGUAUGAGUAUUUGCCCAAUUUAUUUCCCUUUUCUCCCUUCCUAUUGGGUGUCUAUUCUUUUAAUGUAAAUAAGAUAAGGUAAUCAGCCUUACUUAAUCUUCAUCAUUUCCAUCAAGAUUGUUCAUAUGUAGAAUAUUGGACACUUAAUGUAGCACUACAAAACUGAUAAAUCUGUAAAUGAAUUAGCACUUUCAUAUUGAAACAAGCCUGCUAGCCUAUGUACAAAAAUAGCAAAAUGUUUGCUGUUUAUAAAAAAAAUAAAACAUAAGGGAUGUAUUGGGGGAAAAUAAUUUCAAGUUAUUAAUUUAAAAUGAACUAGCAGUUUUGUACCUGGUGACUUUGUGGUGCAGUCACCUCUGGUUGUGACUUGAAUUUGGUUAUGUAAAAAGGGGGCUAGUGAUAUUUCAUUGCUGCUAAAAAUAUCCACAAUACCCUCUGUGUCCUUUGUUUUUCUUUAAGAUCUCACUGUACAGGCUGAAAUUUGGAUACGAAUGUGUACUGUAAGCACUGAGGGAAAAGUUAACUUCUCUAAAGCAGGUAAAUAAGAUGUGAAGUUCUGCUUUUAAGAGUCAAUUGAAGUGUGUAGAUGAAACAUCUAUAUAUGCAAUCUGUUAAAACCACAGCAAUUUGGCUGAUCUGGUCGAUGAUCUAUGAAUGCAAAUUUUAACCCCCAAUUUUGCAAGUUUUUUUUUCCCCAGCACAUGGUAGUGCAGUUGCACUACUCCUGCAUUUCAUUCCCCCUCUUUCUGCACUCCCAGCAUCAGUGUGUGCUGUUGUCUGCCUGAUCCAGACAGUGUAUUUGAAGUUUUGCCAAUCUUUCAUUUUUGAAGCCACAAUUUUCUUCCUUCAAAGUUGCUAUAGUAACUAGUAUUUUAGCUAGAGAGGCAAAAUACAGUUCCCUCUGGGACCACUAUCAAAACCACUGUAUGAAGAAGCCAGCAGGGAGAUGCUGUGAAUGGGUUGGCUUAAAUGCCCCCUUUUUAUUUUGUAAAAGCAAAAAUCCAUAGGUUUUUGAUCUUGCCUUGAGAUCAUUGGUGUCAGGUCUUUUAAAUCAAAUGUUUGGAUUUUUUUUUUCUUUUGGCUGUUUUUAUAUAAAAAAGUCACCUGCUGUUACAAUUGAUAUUAAACAAGCUACCUUAAUUUAAUGUAAGCCUCCAAAAUUUAAAUACAGGUUAAAAAUGAACUGAGUUUAUAUCUGUAAAAAUGAAAUGCACAUAUAUAUAUAUUAUGAUACUCAAAAUGCAGUCUUCAGAAAA